AUGUUACAGCUGACCAAGCGAUGUCUGCGGUUGUUUGACGGGAAUCCGCUGAAAGCGAUUGCAGAGCUCACACACUCACACACCGCAGGCUGCUCUGAGUGCCCGGAGCUGUCCCAGGAGAUCAAAUCUUUCAUCAAUGGUGUAGAUAGUCAGGGUAGAAAACUCAGUGUACGGGAACAUGCUCGCUGUGCUGUACGCCUGCUGCGUUCAGCUCCCGGCGUAGAGGUAGCAGUGCUGGAGCAUCUGAGGGGCGUGUAUGAUGAACAUGUCUCAGCUUUCCUGCACAACCUGGAGACAGAGGGAGAUUGCCAGCUCUGGGGUCAGCACCACCUGGAGGACAUCAUACAGGAGGUUCAUGGUGUGCUUUCUGAGUUCAUCUGCCUCAACCCACGGGCCUGGGCCCCGUUGGUGUCAGCCUGGGCAGUAGACUUAUUGGGCCAGCUGAGCAGCAAGCAUGCUGGGCGCAGAGUAGCCCCUCACUCCUCAAGUCUGAAUGAGUUACUCCAGCUCUGAUGUUCCUGUGCAGCCACGCGGUCCCUCAUGGACGCCUACUCCCAGUGCUUGGCUGCCAUGCUGGCCUGGUGUCCUGAUGCCUGUGUGGAUGCCUUGUUGGACACCUCAGUUCAACACUCUCCCCAUUUUGAUUGGGUGGUGGCUCACAUUGGCUCUGCCUUCCCAGGGACAAUUAUCAGCAGAGUCUUGGCCUGUGGACUCAAAGAUUUCUGCUCUCAUGGUGCCCAAGACCAAGGGCUGGUGGUGAUGGGAGUAGAUAUAGGCAGCAGAGUGCCUAAGAUUGGCUCUGUGGUGGGAAUUCUUGGUCACCUUGCAGCACACCAUUCAGAUAGUAUUCGGAAAGAACUGCUGAGAAUGUUCCAGGAAAGUCUGACCCCAUCAAGUCCUCUGUCUCCAACAUCAUCGUCCACCUCCUGGGAGACGUCCCCUCAGCUCCGCAGAGCUGCAGUACCAUUUCUUCUCCAACUGGCUGCCAUGUCUCCUAACCUCUUUGGCGCUGUAUCUGCAGAGCUGGUGGAGCUUCUUCGUCCACCGGUCCUGCUCCAGCUCCAGGGCAUACUGCAGGGUCUUCCCAGGGAGGAACUGGAUAACAUGCUGGGGCUAGCUGUCCAUCUUAUUAGUCAGAGCCCAACAGGUGGGGCCCGGAUCCUUCGCUUUCUGGCAGAUACAGCAACGCCAGCCUCUGUUAUCAUCUCUGGCCCGACACCCUCCCCACAUGAAGGAGUUAGAGAGGGAUGUGACCGCCUGCUUCAGAUGCUGCUUCUCCAUCUCCAUAAACUGGUCUUCAACCGCUCAGAUGGAGCAGGGCAACCCCACCACUCAGCUUCCUCCCAGGCCCAAAGGGUCAUCCCCUUCUUAGAGGAGCUUAGAUCUCAUGUAGGGGAGCUUUGUGCUGAGACGCUGCGACUGGAGAGAAAGCGUCAUCUCUGGCUGCACCAGUUGCUGUGCUUGCUAUCGGUGUAUGGGGGCCCCAGUGUGGCUACAGAGGCCCUGUGCCAGCUUCUUACCCAGGCCCGAAACCCAGAGGAGCUGGCUUUAGCGUGGCAGCUCCAUACUACGCUCUCCUCUUGCAUGUAGGUCUCAUUCCCAGCUGCAGUAGCCCGCUCUGUAGCCCAGAUCCAUACGCAUACCCUGGGCCCCCGGCAGCUGAGGCAGCUGCUGCUCAACCUGGCUGCAGCAAUUCAGAGCCAGGAUGAGGAGAGAAAAGGAAGCAGCAGGACCCCCAGUCUCCUCCAUGGCAAGUCCAGGUGGGCUCUGGCAGUCUCAGGGACACCUCCAUGAUUUUGGCCCCUCCUUCUCCAUGGUGACCCGGCUGUAUCUCAUGCAGCCGUGCGCCUCUUGUCCUGUAGCCCCCUCCCUCGCACCUCAUCACCAGCCCACUUGCUCCUGCUGUCACGUGCUGCUGUCACUCAUUUCUUUUUGGCACUGCGCAGGCGAGGAGAAGGAGGGAAAGUAGGGAGGGACUGCGGACAGGCGAGUGAGGCGGUGAAUUGUUCAGUCCUGCUUCUGUCGUUCGCAGCCUACUCUCCCCUUACUCUCAAGGCAGUACUUCAGCAGCUGGUAGAGGGCGCUUUACAUAAAGGCAAUGCUGACCUGUUUGGAGGGCAGAUUGCAGACAUGUCCGGUGCUCCUGUGGUUUCCCCAUCUGUGUCCCCUGACCUCGGAGCCUCACUGCUGGACAUCAACUGUCGGUUUGGUACCACAGUCAAUUUUUCUGGGAGUGUAUGGUCCGUGUUUCAUGCUGGGGUUAUCGGCAAGGGGCUAAAGGUUCGCACUUCCAUCUCAUUGCCUGACCCAUCUGGAGUCAUACAGAACAUCCAGACUCUGGUGACUGUUGUCGUCCAGUGCUGCAGCUCGUCUGGUCUCAAUGGUUCUUCAACGGCUCCCCGGCCUCCAUCUGACCCUGACGAGCCACCACCCAUCAAUGCAGAAGCUGCUAAAGUGGUUGCAGUCACACUAGUGGAAAAUGUUUGUCCAGAUGUGGCCAACAGUGAGCUGUCCUUGCCCCCAGAAGAGCAUGCCCGCACCACAGUAGAGCGGACAUUCACAUACGGACGUUGCUUUGAGGCCCAUCCUGUUCUCUUCCCUCUGCUUCAGGUGGUGGCAGCUGGACGCCCAGCUCUCUGCUACUGCUCUGCUGUGCUCAGAGGUCUCCUGGAUCUGCUAGCACACUGGGAGGCAUCCCGUGAAGUUUCAUCCACAGACUCCCCGUGGCACCUUCAGGCUUCCUGCCUCUUGGUAUCCUGCAUGGGAGAGGGUCAGCUCCUUCCUCCUGUUCUGGCUAAUGUCCAUGAAGCCUUCCCCUCCCUCACACCUUUUGAAGUGAGGCUGCUUCUCCUUGCUGUGUGGGAGUAUGUGAGGGGCAACGGGCCCAUGCCCCAGAAGUUUGUCUUCAGCUCUGAAAAAGGUGGUCUCUUUUGCAGGGAUUUCUCACGGGAUGGUGAUGUGGCAAGAUAUGUGGCACCAAUUCACAGCGUCCUACAUAAAAACAUUGAUCGAUUGGGACACUUGUGCUGGCGGUUCCAGCUUUGAGAUAAAUGAACUGUGAAGAGCAGUUAACAGUGAAUAAAGACUGAACAUAAAAUUUAAGCAAUACUGUGUUUGCCUCAGAAUUGGAAUGCCAAUAGUUGGCAUCUCUGGUACUUUAAUGGUAUAUGAGUAUAGUGAUGUUCAUCUUUACCUUAAAAUAUUUUUAGUAUUGAUACUUUUCUAUGUAGUUCAGAUAAAAGCUAAAUUGACAAAGAAAUAAUUCAUAAAUUUGUCCCAUUCAUAUUAUAGCCUUAAUAUGCUGUCUGGUUAGAAAAACAACUUAGAUUUAUAAGUUCGAGAUUGUUGUCAUAUUUCACAUUGUUCACAUGUUGUCAAAGUGUUGCUACAAACAUGCCUGCAUCAGUUCUAUAAGCAAACUGUUUCUACUACUAAAAAAUAAUGCUUUUUGUUCUGAGACUU